GGGCGGAGUGGGGCGUCACGUGAUGCCGGCGCGAGCUGGGUGCAUCCGGGCUCCCGUGCGGCCUCGCCUGUGGCAGCGCGGGGCGGCUCGGGGUGCUGGGCCCUGGGGGGAAGGGAGGGAAGGGGGCGGGCAGAGUAGAGGCCGGCAGCAGCCCGGAGGCUGUCGGCCGAGGGGAGGCUGUGCUUGCCGCCGGAGCGUGCCGGGGAUCCCCGCAGAGGUAGGACCGGCGCCUGCGGUUGGCUCCCCGGUUGCGGGGCGAGGUGCGUGCGGUGACAACGCCUGCCAAGCAUGGCGAGCUACCUGCCUCCCUGCGUGGUGGACUGUGGCACCGGGUAUACCAAGCUUGGCUAUGCAGGCAACACUGAACCCCAAUUCAUUAUACCAUCAUGUAUUGCUAUCAGAGAGUCAGCAAAAGUAGUUGACCAGGCCCAAAGGAGGGUACUGAGGGGAGUUGAUGACCUUGACUUUUUCAUAGGAGAUGAAGCCAUAGAUAAACCUACAUAUGCUACAAAGUGGCCUAUAAGACAUGGUAUAAUUGAAGAUUGGGAUCUUAUGGAAAGAUUCAUGGAACAAGUAAUUUUUAAAUAUCUUCGAGCUGAACCUGAAGAUCACUAUUUUUUAAUGACAGAACCUCCACUGAACACACCAGAAAAUAGAGAGUACCUUGCAGAAAUCAUGUUUGAAUCAUUUAAUGUGCCAGGACUCUACAUUGCAGUUCAGGCAGUAUUAGCUUUAGCAGCAUCUUGGACAUCUCGGCAAGUUGGUGAACGCACCUUGACAGGAAUAGUCAUUGACAGUGGGGAUGGAGUAACCCAUGUCAUCCCAGUGGCAGAAGGUUAUGUAAUUGGAAGCUGCAUCAAACACAUCCCUAUUGCAGGUAGAGAUAUUACAUAUUUCAUUCAACAGCUCCUAAGGGAGAGGGAGGUGGGAAUUCCUCCUGAGCAAUCGCUGGAGACAGCAAAAGCCAUUAAGGAGAAGUACUGUUAUAUUUGCCCUGACAUAGUUAAAGAAUUUGCGAAGUAUGAUGUAGACUCACGUAAAUGGAUCAAACAGUACACCGGCAUCAAUGCAAUCAACCAGAAGAAGUUCAUUAUAGAUGUUGGUUAUGAAAGGUUUCUUGGACCUGAAAUUUUCUUUCAUCCGGAGUUUGCUAAUCCAGAUUUCAUGGAGUCCAUUUCAGAUGUAGUUGAUGAAGUUAUUCAGAAUUGCCCCAUUGAUGUUCGUCGUCCACUGUAUAAGAAUGUUGUUCUUUCAGGAGGAUCCACAAUGUUCAGAGACUUUGGACGUCGACUACAGAGAGAUUUGAAAAGAGUGGUGGAUGCCAGAUUGAAACUUAGUGAGGAGCUCAGUGGUGGAAGGAUAAAGCCUAAGCCUGUAGAAGUUCAAGUUAUAACACACCAUAUGCAGCGCUAUGCUGUAUGGUUUGGAGGCUCCAUGCUUGCAUCAACUCCGGAGUUCUUUCAAGUUUGCCACACCAAGAAGGACUAUGAGGAAUAUGGCCCUAGCAUUUGUCGUCACAAUCCUGUCUUUGGAGUUAUGUCAUAGUGUUUGCCUUUUGAAAAAAGUGAUUCAGGUAGUCUCUUGUAGGUCAAGAAGUGUCCUUUGAAAGCAAAGAAGAUACAAGUUGCUGUAAAUAGUGAUAUGGUCAAAUGUUGAUGUCCAUAAGCUUUGGGCGUGCUUGGAUCACAAAGUUGAUGAAGCACUACAUGCAAUCCAGAACCAUUUCAAGGAAAGCCAUUUAUGUCCUGACUGUUUUAAGCCUACCCAUUCCUUCCUUCCUAAAUGUGGGCUUCUAGUUAAAAGGCAAAUCUCAGUUUCUGAGAAAAUAUAAACAUCGUUUAAAAUAAUUAUUAGAAGAAAUGAGAUACUGGCAGUCUUGUCUCCCCUAGAAAGGAAAUGGGGAUCUAAACCUUUUCUCCCCCACCCUAUUUUUGUAAAUAAAAUACAAAUGCAAAUUGAUGUUUAUAUUUCAUAUCAUUUUGUAUUUUAUGGUAUUUGGUACAACUGGAUGAUGAGUUAUAAGCACGAGUCCAUGUCGCUGUCAUGGAGUUCUGUUCUAAAGAGUUUUUCAUUGUAAGGCAUGUGCCAGUGUGUUUGUGGGCAGAAAGACAAAACUGGACAAAAAUGUUUGCCACACAUCUGCUAGAGGAUAUACUGAUUUGUUUGGAGUAACACGAAAUUGAAAAACCUAACAGUGUUGUACAAGAGUUAUUACAACUGAUAUUUAUUUUAGUUUUCUUGUUUGAAAUUUCUGAAGCUGUUUUAUAGAAGACAACAUUUUGGUGUUGGUGAGUGGUGGAUGAAUACUACCUUGCACUAUUGUAAUAAAAGCUGUUAACAUCUUUACAAA